GGAGCGCCUGGCACGUGACGCCAACCUACACGAACGGCGUUGACGAAGCGAUGUUUGUGAGGCACUCAGACGUUGCACAGCUGCCAUGAUAGAACAAACAGCAUCUUCCGAUUUGAUAGACUCCAGUCCAGCAUCUUGUGAUCUGAGUUUCAUGGAGGCUAUCAGUCAGAAAAUGAGAAUUCCUAAUAGACUGAAAGUAACUGAGGAGCCAGGUGAUGAAGAGAGAGCAGAAGAUAUUCAGAUGUCGACAUUACAUAUGCAGAUUCCUGAAAGAAUAUCAAUGGGAGAAACCGAAAUGCAGGAUAUUGGAGCAAGGCCGUACUUGUAUGGUUGGUUCCACAAUAAUCCUAUGAAUACAGAUCCUCCACCACAUAGCAUAUCUCCUCACUUAAUGUAUGGAACCUCCCAGGCUAUGAAUGUGGAUAGAUCGGAAAGUCCACUGCAGGUGACCACCUCUCACAAUUCCAGCAGAUCACGAACAUUAAGUGAGAAUGAAAUCAGUCUAUCAAAUGUGGCUAAAAGACAGAGGAAUUUAAAUCGGUUCCAUAAUCAGCCCCUUUCUGGCAGCCUACACUCAGAUGUGACUAAUCAAACAAGGAAUCAAAGUGUGGCCCCUGAUUACACUAUACCCGAGGGUGUGCUUGAAAAUUUCAGUGUAAUGGAAAUUGUAACACUCCGACGACAGUUGAACAAGUUGAAUCGCCGCCUACAGUUAUUAGAACAGGAGAGUCGGGACCAUGCACGAAAAGAAUUUGUUCUCUAUUCCAUCAUCUUUGCUGCCUGUUUGGUCAACAGUUGGCUCUGGCUGAGGAAGUGACUUUGUUCUAAUUGCACUGAGGUUGAGACUAUUUCUGAAUACAGCCUGGCAGAUAUCAUCAUUUAUUUUGUGCAACAACUUGUAUCAUUACUAAAAUACAAGGGAAUGAUGCCAUUUAGAAUAACUUGUGAACAUGAUUUUAAAAAGCACAAUUGCAAGGGUUAUAGAAAAAUGUUACAGCGUAAUGCUCUCAAACCUAAUUAAUUAGUUUAAGGCCAACUAAUAUCUAUCAUAAUUUAUAUCAUAUGCAAAAUCCUUACUACUUCAUCUAACUGCAAUUAAAUGAAGCAACUUGAAAAUUAUUACCCUAAACACAUUGUAUUGCUAAAUCAAGAGAGAAAUUAGAAAGAAAAUGUCCUCUUGUUGGUAAUCAAAAUCUCUUUUGCAUUCUCCACAUGCUCCCCAUGUGUGAUUGUUUCUCCUAUAACUUGGUGAGGUUGUAGGGAUAUCUGAAAUUUGACAGUUUUUUUGUUCUCUCUUGUUUUUAUUGAAUAAUUGGGGUAAAUGAUGUAAUUGCAUAACUGCAGAAUCAGCAUUUCCUUCCUUAGCAUGUUUUCAUUUAUAAAUGCCAGAUCAUACUUACAGGUAGUUGGCAGUUCCAAAAAGAUGUUGCAGUGUGUUCCUCAGCAGCCAGGUCUCUGCAUGUUUUUUUGCAAAUUGCCUAGUUACAUUAGGUACAAAGUCUGUGGAAUUCUCUGCCUCAGAGGGCGGUGGAGGCAGGUUCUCUGGAUGCUUUCAAGAGACAGCUAGAUAGGGGUCUUAAAAAUAGCAGAGUCAGGGGAUAUGGGGAGAAGGCAGGAACGGGGUACUGAUUGGGAAUGAUCAACCAUGAUCACAUUGAAUGACAGUGCUGGCUCGAAGGGCCAAAUGGUCUACUCCUGCACCUAUUCUCUAUUGUCUAAAGUCAUGAGCAAGGGUAGUGUAAGUCUCCGAACUGUUAUUCUUUAUCCUGCAUACCAUUAUAGAGCUUUAGUAACAGGAGAUUAAGAACUGGUCACAUACCUCUUAGCAGGGGAAAUGAAUAAACUAAGGGAAGUUUUUUUUUCCUCAAGUUUUAUAACCUUCACCAGACAUUUUAUAAAUUUCCUAAGAUAUCUUGACCACUACCAAGAGCAAUAUACAGCAAAAGAAAAUGACUUGACAAAUUAAUUCCUUGACAAUGUGAUGUGCAAGUUCUUAGAUAUAAAUAUCCCUUGAUUGUUACAUACCUGCUUGACCAUUGGUAUAAAAUGUGUCAAAAAACAGUAAAGUAAGAUACUUAACAGAUAUUAUUAACACUAAAGGCUGUUACUUAAAAAAUGUGCAUUUAUCACAAUUGCACACUAUUUAAGGUGGGUUAUGUUCAAAUCUGGUCCUAACUUUGCAAUUUAGUAAGACAAUCAGUACUCAAGGGUUUAAUUGUAUGGUGGGAUAGUGGAUCUGGCAGGAUUUUAUUUUGAAAUAACAUGCUCCUCCCAUGUUGGACAAUGCAUUGUGCAAGGGUAAAAUCAAUAUUAUAAAUUGUUAGGGAUAAUUAAGUUGCAAAUUUGAUUUUGGCAAAGGGAUGAAGAUUAAAGCCAUUUCUGUGAAAUGCAAGAAAUAUGUAAGUGACAAAUGUUCAAUUUAUAGAUAUCCAUUCUGAAUAACAAAUUUGUGGUUGAGGCAAUUGUGGCUAAUUAAAGAAUUUCCUGAAUAAAAUAAUGCAUUUAUUUAUAAUGCAUUCCUUCAUUCAGUUAAAAUAAAGUCCAGACACAAUUGUGUUUCUUCAGAAAUCUAUUUCUCUUAAUUCAGAGCUAUCAGUGCUUAAUUUUAUAUUUAAAACUAAUUUAUUACAAAUAAAGUGUAAAACAGUGAUAUGGCCAUGAGAAUUUGUCAUAGAUGAAUUUACCUCUCUAACUAUGAAUUAAAAACAAUUUUAAUAACAUGUUGGAAUUAAGUGCAGGUUUAACAUUUGUGAAUGGCAGUUAGUAAAAAAAACUAUGACCUGUGUCUUAGAAGAAUGAUGUUAAUACAGCUGUAUGUUUGCAAUGUUAAAAUGUUGUACAGGUCACUUGAGUUGUCCAUAGACUUAACAGCUGCAGUUUUUGUACACUGUACUUAAGCCAUUUACAAAGGAUAAUACACAGUAAUAUGAUUAUACACAAAAAUGUUUACUCUUUAUUUUCCUGAAUUCCAUAUUUACAUUUUCCAGAGAAUCUGUGAUUAGUUCAUUUUUACUAGCCUUGUCUUCUUUCUGCCUCCUCCCUCCCUCAUACCCAUCCAUUUACUUCUCUUUACUUUUUCUGAUCAUUAACUAAUCUUCUGUCUUUGCUAAUAUGUUGUCCCCAAAUCGGUGAGUCCUUAUUUUACAUAACAUUGUAGUUCUGACAAUGUUGUAUUUAAUAUAACUGGUACACAUUGUUGCAAGGGAUGCUUAUUUUAUCAACCCAUUUAUCAAAAGCAACAAGGAGAUUCAUACCGAAUCAUUGUGGAAUCAUUUUCAUAGUGUGCGCUUAUGACGAAUGGGCAAGGGACUUACAUAGAAAAUAGAAACAUAGAAAAUAGGUGCAGGAGUAGGCCAUUCGGCCCUUCGAGCCUGCACCGCCAUUCAAUAUGAUCAUGGCUGAUCAUCCAACUCAGUAUCCUGUACCUACUUCUCUCCAUACCCCCUGAUCCCUUUAGCCACAAGGGCCACAUCGAACUCCCUUAUAAAUAUAGCCAAUGAACUGGCCUAAACUACCUAUAUUUACAAUAUAUUUAAAGCUUCCUCACACCAUAGCAGGCUUUUAAAGAUUUUUAUUUCAGAGCCCAAAGCUUUCUCAUCUCCUGAAUGCUAAUAAUAACUGAACAGAGUGGAAUAGGGGUGGUGUUAAGAGAGAACAAAAAGUUAGUCAACUAGUUUGCAGUAGGUAUGUGGUAACCAUUCCAUGAUAUUUCUGCCGUAUUAACGGUUCCGGAAAUAUUUUAAGUUUACAGAAACUUUAGAUCACCCACUUAAAUAAACAAAUAAACAAAUUCUCAUGUA